AUAACUGUUGUAUAUAUUAGUAACGGCUGUUUGCGUGUUGCGUGCCAGCAACAACAACAACAACAACAACAACAACAGCUACAAAAGAAAUUGCAAGUGGAGCAACGGGAACCGCAGGCGAACGGCAUCCCGUGUGUCUAUAUAAACGAUUAUUUAAUUUAUGGUCUGUGCUUAAAAAAAAAUAUAAUAAAACAUAAGAAGCAGAAAUAUUAGUUUCACUUGCCAAGAGAAGUGCGUGCCGAUGGUAAACAGCUGCUGAAAUUUCUCAACGCGAACCGUUUCGUAAAAUGUUUAAAUCGAAGCUCGUUGCGUGCAUUUGACCCCACAGGCAAAGGUCAUAAUUAUAUCAAUAAUAAUAUAACUGUGCUCGACUCUUAUCAUUGCAAUAAAAAAGCCUAUAUACAUACAUAUAAGCGCACACAUAUAGCAAAACAAACCAAUAUGCCCAACAUGCGCUAUUUGACGGAAACCCAUUUGCAGGGCUUCGAGCGUUACAAGUACAAUAGCAUAGAUACCAGCCUUCUGAGCGUCUAUGUUAUGCAUCCCUUCUGGAAUGCUUGUGUAAAGUAUUUACCAAAAUGGUUGGCACCCAAUUUACUCACCUUUGUGGGUUUUCUCAUGACCGUGGUGAACUUCUUAUUGCUGGCCUACUACGACUGGGACUUUAAGGCGGCCAAUGAUAAGUCGGUGGGCAAUACAGUGCCCGGCUGGGUGUGGACAGUGGCUGCCAUAAAUAUACUUAUCUACUAUAAUUUGGAUGGUAUGGAUGGCAAACAGGCUCGUCGCACUGGCACGAGUGGUCCGCUCGGAGAGCUGUUCGACCACGGCUUGGACUCCUAUUCGGCGGCACUUAUACCAAUCUAUAUAUUCUCACUAUUUGGCACCGAAGAUCUGCCGCCCAUACGCAUGUACUUUGUUAUAUGGAACGUAUUUCUCAAUUUCUAUUUCACACAUGUGGAAAAAUACAAUACGGGCGUUAUGUUUUUGCCCUGGGGCUACGACUUUACCAUGUGGGGCGUCAGCUUAAUGCUGUUCGUGGCCACGAUCGUGGGUCCUGAAAUCUAUCGCUCGAGUUUUUACGGCAUUACGGUGGCAAAUGUAUUCGAGGUCGGCCUGAUUGGCUCCGGUAUUCUGUCCAGCCACCCCAUUAUUAUACGCAAUAUAUAUCUCUCUUAUAAGAAUAAGACGGGCAAAAUGCGUCCCAUGAUGGAGAUGUUGCGUCCAUUUUUCGCCUUCCUCUGGCUGUUUGUGAUAACGCUCGUUUGGUCAUUCUUCUCGCGCAAUAAUGUUAUUAACCUGGAACCGCGUAUACUGUGGAUACUCUAUGGCACAAUCUUUUCCAAUAUUGCAUGCCGCCUGAUCGUGGCCCAAAUGUCGGAUACACGUUGCGAUAGCUUCAAUAUACUUAUGUGGCCAUUGGUCGCAACCGUGGGCGUCUGCUGCUUUCCCUGGUAUGAGGAGGUGCUGGGCACGGAUCUGACAGCUCAGGGUGAGCGCUGGCUCGUUCAUGGCUUAACAAUAUUUGUUACGUUGGCCCAUUGGCAUUAUGGCUAUGGUGUGGUCUCGGAAAUGUGUGACCACUUUAAGAUUCGUUGCUUCAAAAUCAAGAAGACGCCCGUUAAUGACGUAGCGGAACUGAACGAGGUCGUCGAUGCCACAAAACCCACGGAAGUCGUCGAAGAAGUGUAGUUCAUAAGUGAUUUGGAUUCUUGUCGUGCCCAAACGUCUUUCCUAAGUAAAUUUAUGUAAAAUUGCAA